UCGCAGCUCGAUGUCACCGCGUCAGGCCGAUCUGGCCGGAACACGGCGGUCAAAGGUCCGUGGGCGGCGGUUCAACCCGCCUCAACUUUGGGGACGCCGUCUCUCGACUUCUCUUCCGGCAUGUUGAGAUUCCGUUUGCUUGAUGACAGGCCUCACCGAAGCUCUUAUUCACUUGCAUCAGACACAGAAAAGAGGAAUAUCUACAUCAUCUCAACCCGCGUUUAUAUUGGCUUUCAGCGAGUGUCGCAAUUUAAUUUUACUCUACCUGGUUUGGGUGUGCGUGUUUGUUGUCGUGUCUUUAUGCGUACAAUACAGUGUCCACUUGUGGUUGUUUCUUCAAGUGGUUUGGGGGACCUGACAUCUGUUCCAAGUCACUCUAACAUUUUCUGCUCGUUUACAAAGUUCAAACGCAUUACAUCCGUCUCGCUGAACCGGUAA